UUUUCUAUACUGUCCAUUCAUACUACUCACUAUUCUUUUUCCAUUCUAUCCCUCCCAAAUGGCUUGCUCUGCUUCUGCUUCUUCAACAACUGCUGCUCUUCUUUCUUCUACUUGUAGAGCUUCCAUUUCACCUAAAUAUAAAUCCCCCGUUUCCCUCCCUUCUUCUUCUUUCAAUGGUAAGCCAUUUGUUUCUCGUGUAGCUCGCUCACUCUCUACUCCUCUUGCUCAAUCACAACGCCGCCCUUUUGCUGUCCGUGCCUCUAGUGAACUCCCACUUGUUGGAAAUCAAGCACCAGACUUUGAGGCUGAAGCUGUUUUUGAUCAAGAAUUCAUCAAGGUUAAAUUAUCCGAGUACAUCGGCAAGAAAUACGUGAUUCUCUUUUUCUACCCACUGGACUUCACAUUUGUUUGCCCUACAGAGAUCACUGCUUUCAGUGACCGUUAUGCAGAAUUUGAAAAGGUGAACACAGAAAUAUUGGGUGUUUCCGUAGACAGUGUGUUCUCCCACCUUGCAUGGGUCCAAACUGAGAGGAAGUCUGGUGGUCUAGGUGAUCUGAAUUAUCCAUUAAUUUCUGACAUAACCAAGUCAAUUUCAAAGGCAUACAAUGUACUGAUCCCCGACCAGGGAAUUGCAUUGAGAGGACUUUUCAUCAUCGACAAGGAAGGAGUUAUUCAACAUUCAACCAUUAACAAUCUUGGAAUUGGUAGGAGCGUCGAUGAAACAUUGAGAACUCUUCAGGCGUUGCAAUACGUUCAGGAGAACCCAGACGAAGUAUGCCCGGCUGGAUGGAAGCCUGGGGAGAAAUCCAUGAAGCCUGAUCCCAAGGGCAGCAAAGAAUACUUUGCAUCCAUAUGAAGAGAUGAAAUGAAAUUGCUUUCAUCUAUUUGUUGUUGAGGUACUGGUCGAGUUUUUGGCAUUUUUGAGAAUAGAUAAUGUACACUCAUAUAUUCUGCCUUUGAAUACCAUUACCUUUAAAUAAUGUCUCAAGUUCAUGAUA